AUGUCUUAUGUGAUGACACUUGACAUCUCGUGCACAACAAUAGAAAAUGGAUGUGUUCCGAUAAAAUUUAAAAGAGAUUUUUAAAAUUUUGCCCUUCUAGUGUAUAUACCCACAGAUGUAUGUAUGUGUAGUAACUAUACAUACUUAAGCAUUAAUCUACUUAAAAACUAAAGGUUCUAAAAUGAUUUCUCGGAAAGGACAAAAAGCUAUAAAUGAAGGGGUUGUUGGUAAAUACGUGAAAAAAGAUACUCCUCCGGAUUUGCCAAUAAUUAAUGUUUGGACAACUGGUAACAAUAGACGGCCACGCAGUCAACCCUUCGGGUCCAGUGAUGCAAGUACUCAGAGUAUUGAAAAUAAGUUUGGUAAAUCUCAAACAAUAAGUGGUCAUGCUGGAAAGUAUACUCCAAGUGAAUCUGUGCCAAACCUAGCACACAGGUUUGCGAAUUUAUCAACAAACAGUGAUACUGCAAGUACUUCCAGCAACUAUAACUCCCAGUUUUAUUUGGAUACUAAUUUGGCAUCACAAUCAACAUUAAAUGAAAUUGAUGAGUCUUUUAGUCGACAAACAAGUUACCGAUAUUAUAGGCAAACUCAACAAGAGGAUCCUAUCUAUCAAAACCAACAGCAGGUGCAACAGCAAAAACAACAGGAAUAUAGUUCCAGGGAAUCUAGCAUGCCAAGAAUAUCUUCUAACUUGAGUUUGACAGCUAGGCUUCAUCCCCCGUCACCCCAUUCUAUCAGACUGCAUUGUACAGAUUCAUAUACAACACCAAGCCAAUCUUCGCCUAUAUACUCUAAUUAUGUAAAUACCCCAGCCCUACCAUACCACAAUAAACCACAUAGUGGAAAUAUGAUAACUUCAGGCCAAGGUUCCGAUGAGUGUGAGUUGCCACUGCCUCCCGGCUGGUCAGCUGACCGUACACUGCGAGGACGGCGCUACUACAUGGACCAUAACACGCAGACUACCCACUGGACACAUCCACUUGAAAGCGUACCGCGGCCCUGGCACCGCGUAUCCACUCCACACCAUGGAGUCUAUUACUUUAAUGAAAUAACCCAUCAGACAACAUAUGCCCAUCCUUGCUUAGUGGGAGGAUGCUACUUAGUAAGUCCUCUGGUACCUACACUGGUGCCACCAUAUCUUUUGGAAGAGAUACCACACUGGCUUAUAGUUUAUUCAAAAGCUGACCAAGAACUAGAUCACAAGUUGAAUUGGAGUAUGUUCCGUUUGAAUGAACUUGACUGUUACUCGGACAUGCUAACAAGACUUUAUAAACAGGAACUUCAACUUAUAGUUAUGAAAUAUGAACAGUACAGAUCUGCGAUACUUCAAGAAAUUGAAAAAAGGAGACAUGCAAAAUCAUAUCAUGCACUUUCAUUAUUAAAUUAAUGCCUUAAUAAGCUGUGAUUUAAUAUUUAAGGAAAAGUGUACAUAAGAAGUUGACUGUUUAAAUUAUUAUUAUUAUAAAAUAAUAAUAAUAAGUGCCUUACUUUUUUGCGUUUCUAAAAUUAAAAUAUAUAAUCAGUGAUAAAUUUAUGACUAUUUUAUAACAUCUUUUAUUAUUAUUUAUAUACAUUAAUGUUGUAAUAAUAAACAAUAUAAUUGUUUACAAUUUUAUUUAGAUAUGUAAUGUGUAUGUUAAAACAACAAAGGUAGCCCCUUCUUAAAUUCUAAAUGUUAAAGAAAAAACACUGAAAUGAAAUAGUUGUUUAAUAAAAGUUAUGCUUAUUUACACUAAUAUAUAAAUCAAUACAGAUUUCUUGAAAUAAAUUAUUGAUAUAACUCGUUUUCA